UCACCUCCGCCCUCGGAGGGGAGCGAAAGCGCAACUCCACCUCUCUUCUCCGAGGAACUCCAGGAGGGCAAGGAGGACAGGGCUGCGCCAUCACGCCCGGCGGGACAACAUGAAGCCCGACGGAAAGGUGGUGCUGCUGGGCGACAUGAACGUGGGCAAGACGUCGCUGCUCCACCGCUACAUGGAGCGGCGCUUCCAGGACACCGUUAGCACCGUCGGGGGCGCCUUCUACCUCAAGCAGUGGGGCCCUCACAACAUCUCGGUUUGGGACACCGCAGGUCGCGAGCAGUUCCACGGCCUUGGGUCCAUGUACUGCCGAGGAGCAGCCGCUGUUAUUCUCACGUAUGAUGUAACUAACUUACAGAGCAUGGUGGAACUUGAGGAUAGGUUCUUGGCAUUGACAGAUUCCGCCAGCCCAGAUUGUCUCUUUGUUAUUGCCGGGAACAAAGUUGACCUGACAGAUGCGUCUACCUCUUUGCCAGAACCAGAAGACAAGCAUCGGUUUGAGAAGCCUCCAAACAGUUCCAUUUCUACAAAGGUGAAAAAACAAGUCCAUAUGAAUGAUGCUGCAGCAUUUUAUAGGAAGAUCCUCAAGUAUAAAAUGUUGAAUGAGGUAAAUGCCCCAGCAGCGGAAAAAAUGUGUUUUGAAACUAGUGCGAAAACUGGUUAUAAUGUGGACCAUCUUUUUGAAACUGUAUUUGAAAUGAUAGUACCAGUAAUUUUGCAACAAAAGGCUGAAGGCUUGCCACAAACGGUAGACUUAAAUAACUGCAAGACUGCUAAAAACACACACUCUGGAUGCUGCAGAUGACUCCGAAUGCAUUUUUACAUUAAUUGAAGGACAGUGCAGGAAAGUGUUACAACAAUGCAAAAGUGUUACAAUACUGCAAAAAAAAAAAGUUGAAUGAAGACAACAAUGCAAAAAUAACAAGGCCAACCAGACAAACUGCAUCUUCUAUAAGAAUGCAUUUUUGUAACAAUUAAAUGAGAAAAAAAUGUAAUGAGAAAAAAAACUUCAGUGAAGGGGAACUUGGAGUCAAUCAUUGAAAGCUUUUAAAGCCCAUUAAUUGUGGGGUUUUUUUGCCCCCUUCACAUUAAAUUUAUGAUACUGUAUGCUGUUUUACACACGAAUCUCUAGUAUCUAUUUUGGCAAGUAUCUUUUGAUAUGUGGCAUUCUUUAUGUCGUAAGGAGGAAUUUAUAAAUGAAGAAAUAGAUUUCAGGAAGGAGGUAGAUGUUGAUCAGUCAUUUCACAUCAUACUUUUUCAGCAAAAUAAAGAAUUGUAGCAAACUAAUUCUUCCCUUUUCUCUCGCCUCAUUAAUUUCAUGGUUGUGGCCACCAGGAGCCAGAGCAAAAAGGAAAAUCAGAUCAAUAGAAUUGUAUUAGUGUCACUAUAAAUGUUGUUAGGCAAAAAAAUUAUUCCCAUUUCCCCUAUAACAAAAUGCACCUAAAGAAAUUCACGAAGUAGUCUGCAGUUUUAGGUUAAUCUUAACUCAGUGGUGAAUUGGUGGUAUUGGGACUAAUAAUGUUUAUAAUUGUACUAUUAGCUUCAAUUUUUGAAGUUCCAGGGAGUUGAUGAAUUAUGUAUGUUUUAAAUCAGUAAAUGUUUUUAGUUGUUAGUAGAUCAGAUUCUGGUGAAAUUAUUUAAGCAUAUUUUUGUUAAAUUAUGAAUAAUUAAUAGAGUCAAAAAAGUGGAUAUGAGUAGAUGGCUAGGGGGAACAUUAAUUUGUAAAAGUUUAUGAGGACAGGGAAGAAAAUGGAUAUGUUUUGUUGUGGAGAUGAUUGCAGUAUGUAUAACAGGAAACUUGAUAAGACAGUCAAAAUUAUUAAGUAAUUUGGUUGUAAUCAGUGAUAACAAUGUAUCAGUGAUAGUGAUUUUUCAGGGCUGUUGUUGGGGAAAUAUAUAAAAAUAUCAACUUGAAUUUUUUCUUGUUAGGAAAAUUAGUUUUUCUAAAAUUCUGCAAUUAUUUCCACAUUUUCUGAACAUGAAAGAAAUUACUACGAGGCUGAUCAAACAAUCUAUUGGCACAAAGCAGCUCUUUUACCUCUGCCUGUUUUUAGACUAUUUAUAUUAGGAAUAAACUUUACUAAGUACUUUUGUGACAAUAAUUGAUAACACUAGAGAUUAUGGGCUAAAUUAUGCCUGGAUUAUAUAUAUUGUGUGUGAAACCCAAAUAUGGUACAUUAUUAUGGAAUUUAUUUUAGGACUGAGUCCUGGCAACGAAUAACAGGGCUGAGCUCAUACUUGGGGGAAAUAGAUUUUAAUAGUAAAGAGAAUUGAGAGGAAACUGAAGGACUCGGACUGGAAAUCCAUAAAAAUUCACUGGGCUUCUAAAUCCACAUAGUGCUCAUCUAAUUCUGAAACCAUUUCAGUCUUUAUCAGAUAUGUAAGAAAUAGACUAACAGAAUUUCCUUAAAUGUGAAGAAUUUAAAUUGAUUUGAAUGUGUGAUUACAUGCUCUGCUUGACGCUUUAGAUAUAUAUAUGCACAUUUCCAAUGCAGCCUCUUUGCUGCUACAGUUUGCUAGAUGGUGAAGUUGGGAAUGUCAGGGCCAACUCCCUGGAUGAUUCUCUUGUCCUGCCCUCUUCAAGUCACUUCAUAUAUGGGUUGUUUCUUCACGUGCGAUUCUUUUUCUCUUGUUAGGAUUUAGGUCAUGUCUUAGAAAACCCGUACUAGUUCAAUAAGGAAAAGUUGAUACUUUUAUUUAUCGUACAAAAUAAAACACUCUGAUCCUAAGUACAAAGGAGAAACACAUGAAAGGACAUUUGAGCAUUUCUUUUUCAAGAUUUGGCUUGGGAAGGAAACACUCCAGAAAACAGUGGGAAGUCCCAAGUGCCCAAUUACAGGUUAGUCUGGGCAGCCGCCCUACUAUGCCUGCCACCAAAAGAAGGUCAUUGCCACUUGCAGCGUUGAGGUUCUGUAACUCUUGUCUCCUUUUCAUCUGCUUGUCCGUACUGGUGAAGGAGUGGGGAUAGAAACUGAUUUACUCAGCAAUUUUAUGCAUGUUUACUUGGAAGCCAGUCGGGCUUCAUUUGUACAGUUAAGUAUGCACAUAAUCACAGCUUUGGUAUUACACUGCUAUGAGAAAAGUGGGUUUCUCACUUUCCCAGGCACAGUCCUAAUUCUUUCUGGGCAGAGAUGCCUUUUCUGUCACUCACUUCCCUCCCAAGAAUGUGAUACUAAUUGAGUCUCUCUUAUCAUCCUUAUAUUGGGAAGAAUGACAAAUGCCACAUUCCUAAGUAUGGACACUCACAAAGCUUACUAAAUGGUACUCUCUAGUGGGGUGUUUCUUGACUGCAGCUGUAAUUGCAAUUGGAAAAGCUUCCUUUUUUGCUAUUCCUGAAAUUAUGAGAUUAUUAUCACAUAGAUUCUGCGAUACCCAGCAAUGGCUGAACAGAAUUAGGCGAAGUACCUUCAAAUAUGGAUUUCAAACCACCAUCUCUCAUCAAUCCAGCUAGAAUAUAAACAUCUAAAUUGCCAUAGAUAGUUUAUCUCCAAGCCACACUAAAGUAAUAUUAAGAUACGUGAAUUCUGGUCUAAUGGGCUAUGUCUAUCCAUUGAGGGUAUUGCAUAGAAUUAUAUAAGAUUGCAGUCAAAAAAAGUCAAGUGACACAUAAAUAAGCUUAUUGUUCAUUCUCUGCAGACUUUUGAAAUAAUUACGCGCUAAUAGCAACAUGGUGUUUAAUAAAGUAACAAUGUAUAAAAAUAAAGGCCUUGAAAUAUAACAAAAGUAUAUUCCAUGCAUGUUUUCUUUCCUUUA